AUGAAAGUUUGGUGCGAUGAUCAUCUUAACUACAUCACUGACAAGUUUUCGACAAAUAUGGACAUCUUUAGAAUUCUAAGCAGAGGAGCAUCUUUAAAGAAAUCAACAGAUGUAACUACUGAUUAUGCGCUUCCAUCAGCUAAGCAAAACCAAACGCGAAAACAUAAAGAAGAGUCGAUCUUGAACCAAGUUGAAAAGGAGACCGAUUUCUUUCACACAAGAAAACAUACAAAACAAGUACCAGAAAAGGAGGCAACAGAGCCUGUAUUCACUAAGCAAGAAAAAGAUGAUGAUGAAGCCCCUCCACUAGUGUUGAAAGAUGCAGAAGAUGCCAAAAAGUUUAGAAACCUACAUAGAUCCAAAGUCACGGGUGAUGACAUUCCUACUCCUAUUGGUUCGUUCGAAGACAUGAUUGGAAGAUUCAAAAUUGACAAGAAGCUUUUAUCGAAUCUUAUUGAUAAUGACUUUAUUGAACCCACGGCCAUUCAAUGUGAAUCAAUACCAAUUACUUUGUCCAAUAGAGAUUUGAUUGCGUGUGCCCCCACAGGUUCAGGUAAAACAUUGGCAUUUUUAAUUCCAUUGAUACAACAGCUUAUUAUAAAUCAUGUUGAUAAAAACUAUGGAAUCAGAGGGUUGAUUAUAUCUCCAACAAAUGAGUUGGCCGUGCAGAUUUUCCAGGAGUUGGAGACUUUAGUUAGGGGAAAGAAACUUACGAUUGGUAUACUAUCAAAACAAUUAGCAAGUAAACUUAAUAACGAUAUCGUCAAGGCAUCUAAAUAUGACAUCAUUGUGUCCACUCCAUUACGUUUGAUAGACAUUGUGAAAAACGAAAAGAUUGAUUUGUCUAAAGUAGAGCAAUUGGUUAUUGAUGAAGCAGACAAACUAUUUGAUCAUGGAUUUGCCGAACAAACCGAUGAGAUCUUAAACCAUUUGACAAACCCAAAGAUACGAAAAUCAAUGUUUUCUGCAACCAUUCCAUCUGGGGUAGAGGAAAUGGCCCAUUCGAUCAUGAAGGACCCAAUUAGGGUAAUCAUUGGACACAAGGAAGCUGCCAGUACUACAAUUGACCAAAAAUUGGUAUUUACUGGUAACGAGGAAGGUAAGUUGUUGGCAAUCAGGCAAAUGGUUCAAAAUGGUGAGUUUAAGCCACCGAUUAUAAUAUUUUUGCAGUCCAUUACCAGAGCCAAAGCGUUGUUUCAUGAGUUGGUUUAUGACAAGUUGAAUGUGGAUGUGAUCCAUGCAGAAAGGACACCGAAACAAAGAGACGAGGUGAUCAAGAGAUUCAAGAAUGGAGACAUUUGGGUUCUUAUAACAACUGAUGUGCUCGCCAGAGGUGUUGAUUUCAAGGGUGUUAAUUUGGUCAUCAACUACGAUGUUCCACAAAGUGCACAAGCAUAUGUCCACAGGAUAGGUAGAACAGGAAGAGGUGGAAGAGCAGGUAGAGCAGUGACAUUUUUCACAAAGGAGGAUGACAAAGCAGUGAAACCAAUAAUCAACGUCAUGAAACAAUCAGGAUGCGAGUCCGGGUUUAGUGAAUGGAUGGAAAAUAUGGGGAAACUUAGCAAAAAGGAAAAGAAAAACAUCAAAACCAAUGAGGUUAAACGAAAGAAGAUUAGCACGGUUCCAAAGAUUAUCAAACAAAAGAGAAAGCAAAAACAAGAAAUGAUUGCCGCUUCAAAGAAAAGAAAACAGGCAGAAGGUAACUAA